ACAGCGAUCUGUCUCAGCUAACUCAUGAGUUCGAAAAAGUGUUUGAUGGCCAUAUUCGCACCAUGCCAGGUGAGGAAUUCACCAUUCACCUCCAACAGGACGCACGUCCCUUCUGCGUCACAGCCCCCCGGCGGAUCCCACUGUCCCUCAGAGAGCCCCUUAAGGCCGAGCUGGAAAGGCUGGAGAGUGAGGGGGUUAUCCGCCGGGUCACUGCCCCAACUGAGUGGUGCGCUCCAAUCGUGGUCGCCCCUAAGAAAGGUGGCGCGGGCGUGCGCUUGUGCGUCGACCUGUCCCAACUCAACAAGUACGUGCGUCGUGAGCUGUACCAGUCACCCACUCCAAUCGAAGAGGUCGCGUCGAUUCAUGCUUCAGAGGCCCGCUGGUUCACCGUAUUUGACGCACUUAAGGGUUACCACCAGUGCCCACUGGCCAAAGAGAGCCAGCCCUUGACAACAUUCAUCACGCCCUUCGGCAGGUUCGCGUUCCUACGGGCCCCCUACGGGAUAACCUCGAUCGCCGAACACUACAAUCGCAGGAUGGAUGAGGCAUUUGAAGGGAUGACAGGGUUUAGAAAAGUCGUAGACGACGUCAUCGUUUUCAGCCGCACCAGAGAGGAGCACAUCCAGCAUGUGCGGAAGUUCCUGGCCCGCUGCCAGGAGAAAGGCAUCUCCCUGAACGCCAGCAAACUCCAGCUGGCACAGCGGACAGUCAAGUUCGCUGGGUUCAUCGUGUCAGGGGAUGGCUAUCGACCAGAUCCUGAGCUCGUCAGGGCUCUCUCCGACUUCCCGACGCCCGGCAACCUGACCGAGGUCCGGAGCUUCUUCGGGCUCGUCAACCAGCUGGCGUACUUUGUGGAGAACGUUUCGGAGCAUCUUACUCCGCUCCGACCACUCCUGAGCUCGAAAAGAGAGUUUGUGUGGGAUGAGAUUCACCAGCUAGCAUUUGAGUGCACCAAAGCUGCCCUCUCUUCCGUCCCGACGCUGGCCUUCUACGACCCGAAGCUGCCAACUCGCCUGGAGACCGACGCCAGCCGAGUGCGCGGGAUUGGGUUUGUCCUGCGCCAGCGUCAGCGGGACGGCACGUGGCGCGUGAUCCAGGCCGGAUCGCGCUUCUUGAGCGACGCGGAGUCCCGGUAUGCUGUGAUAGAGUUGGAAGCCUUAAGCGUGGCGUGGGCGACUCGCAAGUGUCACUUGUUUCUGUGUGGAUUACCGCUGUUCCAGAUACUGACCGAUCACCGGCCACUUGUGCCAAUCUUGAACAGCAAGACGCUGGACGAGAUAGAAAAUCCUCGCCUCCAGCGACUCCGGAUGAAGAUAGGAGAGGCAGGUCCCUUCACAGCAAGUUGGAGAGCAGGAAACGAGCACGGAGCUCCGGAUGCCCUCUCGCGAGCGCCUGUACAAGAUCCUGUGCCAGGAGACGAAGUUGGCGAAGAUGGAUCAGUAGCACAGGUGUGUACCGUCAUCAACGCCGAGCUCGACGCCACGGACACCGACGUCCGACUAGAUGAGGUACGUCGCGCCGCUCAGUACGACCCUGAGUACCAGCUUCUGACACGCACCGUUACAGAAGGGUUCCCAUCGGCCAAACACGAUUUGCCGGAGCCCAUCCGUAAGUACUGGCCCGUACAUGACCGGCUGACCAUCGAUGAGGGUCUGGUUGUGUGUGGAUGUCGUCUUGUCAUCCCACAGGCGCUAAGAAGGACAGUGUUGACAGCGCUCCAUGACGGUCAUCUCGGUAAGGAGCGGACGAAGAGCAGGGCCCGCCUUACCGUCUACUGGCCUGGGAUGGAUGCCGACAUCGAGAACGUGACGCGGGGCUGCGAGCGAUGCCAGCGGGAGCUUCCGUCUCAUCAACGGGAGACCAUCGUCCACCACCCGCCCGCAGAGAGACCGUUUCAGCGCCUCGAUCUAGAUGUCGCCGAGCACGCCGGCCGUGCUGCCUCGACGAGGAGAGAUGGACCAGAGGCGUGCUCCAGCAUCGGAACACACCCGGACCGGGAGGCCGCUCGCCCGCCCAGAUCGUCUUCGGUCGGCCAGUCCGAGACGUGCUCCCCGCUCACAGACGCAGCUUCGCUCCGGAGUGGCAACUCACCGCUGAACGAGCCGAGGCAAAGCUGUCUGAGCAACAGCAACGCGCUGAUGACAUCUACAACAGACAGGCGAGGGAUCUGACACCCCUGACUGUCGGAAACCAAGUCGCCAUUCAAGAUGAUCGGUCCAAACGCUGGGACCGGCACGGCGUCGUCUGUGACGUUGGCCCCCAUCGGAGGUACUUCGUUCGUCUGAGCAACGGACGGGUGCUGACGCGGAACCGCCGGCACCUACGGCGACGCUACGGACACGCCAUGCCGGAGGAACUAACGCAAGAGCUCCCUUCAGGGGCGCCGACGUCCGGUGGCCCUACCGCCGUACCGGCUCCGGAGAACGGUGGUACCUUGCGAAGGUCCACCCGCACCCGGCGUCGGCCUGUGAGGCUGAUUGAAGAAAUAUGAAUUGUUCGCACGGCUCGGGGGAAGGGGAGAUGUUGUGAUGUUAUUUGGUCCCGCUCCACUGUGCGGCUCGGUUCGCCCUGCCUGGUCCCGGCGUCCCGGUCGGCCAGUCACGUGACCGCCCGAGGACUCGGGUCACCGGCCGCGGUGGCCGGCGCGGCGGCGGGGACUUGGACACGGGACGCGGUCACGGACGGACGCGCGCUGCGUCAUGCUUUGUUUGGCUUGCAUUAUCAGUGUAAUAUAACUUACGAACGCGUG